UUACCAACCCGUCCCUGAGCCCUCAGACUAGAGGUUCUGUUCCAGCUUUUCUGGCCGACUUCAGCAAGCAAAGCACCGGUGGCACCGGGGAAAGGCAGGUUCCAUCCCUGUGGCGCAUCCAGAGAAACCUUAGCGGAAAUCUCAUCACGCGGAUCCGGAACGGCGCUUUCCAGGCACGGCACGGGAUGCAGUUUUUAGAGAAGCUGUAAGUCGAACAAGGUCCAAAGGUAGAUAAGAGCGGGACUCGGCGGCGACAGCGGGGAAGAGCGGAUUUACUCUCUGCGAAGAACUGAAUCCUACCACAGACGUCAUCCAGGGUCCACCAAGAGUCUGCAGCCCGAAAGCCGCUUUCUCCUGGGCUGCCCAUCUUCUCCACGGCUUCCUUGAACCAGCAUCAGGUUCAAACUGCAGCGGAGAGAGGCCACGGGGACGGAUCAGAAAUGCUGCGGGAAGGGAGAAGAGGCAGGGGGAUGAAGGGUACGGGAUGUGAGCCGGAUUUCUAGCCGGAGAUUUCACUUCGCGUAUUUGCAUUUAAAAGCAAAACGUCUCAAAAAACAUCCAUAAAAAGGAAACUUUGUUCUUUCGGUAUCUGGAGAAAACGUGACUUAAUCCAUAGCACGUUCUAUCAAGAAGCCCUUCCAGGGGCAGGAUCACCGUUUCCAUCCGGACCUGAAGUAAGCGGGAAGCCAGGGCGUUUUGCCCACCGAGGGUUCACAGACGUAAGGAAAAGCCCACGGUCUCCCUGCGCUUGCUCCUGCAAAGUGCCAUGCUUCUCAGGUGAGACACCAAAUAAGGUGGGAUAAUAAAUUAGGAAUGACAAUUCCCAUCGGACUAGGCCGCAGCUUUGCCUGGCCGGAUGCGGUAACAGAGUAAAAGUUUAUGGACAGUGGAAAUGGAAGAAAAUACGGAAAGUUAGACUCCAAAAUAACAUCAAAGUCCUGGUCAAGGGAAGCAAAGAGAAGGACCCUAAGCCAUAACCCCCCGUCCGUUAUUGCUGACACAUCGUUCUUCGAGCUGCCUUCCGUCAAAUAUCUAGACCUGGGUGCGACAGAAGUGAUUCAGCAGACAUUGCUCACGCUCCUCCUGACAACAGUCCGCUUGGAAAGGCUCAAACUGCCCGGUGACAUGGCCUGCUGCCUCUGCCAGGAGAAACCCACCACCGAAACCCCCUGCAGGACCAUCAAGUUCCACUGCGAGAACCUGUGCUCCGUCAGCGCUCCCCACUGCGCUCGCGCGGCUCCUCUGGCAGAGACACAAGGAGAAAUAAUAGAAGCCGUACAAUCCAGGAAACUGAGCGUCAGCACGGUGUUGAACCUCAAGCCCAAGGAGCCUUCACUCGGAGAGCAUGAAACUGUAACGCUUGCGGUUGUCCUGAGCCUGACCAGCACUGACGGUGAUCUCAGUAACCCCCACGAUCACAUUUCUGGAACAAAUUCAUAUUCCCCUCAGCAGCUAUCCAGGCAGGAACGUAAAACCAGUACGGAGCUGAUGCUGAUGCUGCACAGCGCUCAGCGCAUGGGCUGGACCAGUGAAACUGCUAUGAGGAAACUCUAUUUUCUAGACAAGGCGCUAGUGGCCGAGCUGAAGAAGCAGCUGCACAAGGCUAAAAUCGUCGUGACUGUGAAAAACAUCGUCUCAGCCCUGCCAGUGCCUGGCGUGCUGAAGCAGGAGGUGCAGGAGAUCCCGGCAGCGGAGGGAGAGACAACCUGGGUAAAAAAGCAGCGUGACGUAGGUUUGAACCGUGCAACAUCGAACCCCUGGGAAGCAGCUGGCAGGUUAAACCCCACUGACAACCUCUCGGUCUUCAGACAACGCAAAAUAUCCACACCUCCUUCAAAACAUUCCCUUUCCCACUCCCCAGCAGAGGCCCCUCAUUUAUCUGGGUCUUGUAACAUUCAAAAUUAUUCCGAUACUGUGGAACAGACCGAGAAAACUCCUGGGAUGGAGGAUGUGGAGGAUGUAGAAGAUGCAGAGGAGGCACCAUCUCCAAGGCAGGACUAUGUUUGGACUUACAGGAAGCACAAGCAGGAGGACAGCCCGUAUCUGAAUAAAAGCACUCAGCUUUUCUCCAAGACGUUUGGCAACGUGAAUCCAGAGGAAGAGCCCACAGCGACAGCAAGUAAAGCAGAGACUAAACACAAAACAGCAUUUUUUUGAUACGCUGUUGGUUAACGACAGCCCCCCCACUGCAAGCAGCGUGCUAGAGGACACUGCUGAAGAAAAGGGUUCUUCUCUAGGUGGGCAUUUACCAGCCAUCCCUCAAGCCACAAAAACACAUUGGAAGCAACAAAAGGAAGGAUCCGGUUUCCUCAAUAAACCAGGUAGCUCCGACAGCCCGGACGAUGCGCUGGUUCAAGGAGACCUCUUUGAAACCAAGGUCAACCAUGACCUGCGCUUGCUCAUCCCCAACGAAGCGCUGCGGACGU